AUGCAUCCCGUGUUGAAAGCCAGUGAUCACCCGUUGUGUCGGGAGCUGAUCAAGCAGUUGGAAGAUUGCCACUAUCAUCACAAGGUCCUCAAAUUCUUCGGUAAGUGCAACGCUUGCAAGCGUGAACUGGAUCAAUGUCUUGCAAAAGAACUGCUGGUGAAACGUGAGCUGAACUAUCUCGCAAGUGAAGCACGACGACCACGUUCACCAGCCUCCUCUCAAUCAAACUGA